AUGGCAACAAUGCUAAUGGUACCGUCCCAGACUCAAAAAAAGGAACAAUUGUCUGCUAAACACAUGCCUCCACGACACACCAGCACGUCCCUUAACGGGAGAAGCCGAACUCUACCGGCCGAGCCUUUGGACGCCGAUGUUGCCGCCCAGCCAGACUCAGCACGGCUCGAAUCUGGUGGCCGAUGUCCUGCUCAACACUCAUUCAGUCGCUAUUUUCCCCACAUGCAUAGGCACACUAUGAUUGUAGAGCUGUGUGAAGUUGAUGGCGUAAAAUUGUCUGGCUUGAUGGAUUUGUGUGAUGAUGGUGACAUGAUGUUGUGCAAGCCUGUCUAG